GGGGGUUGAGAAUACGGAGUGAGUGGAAAAUGAAAAGUCUGUAGAAAGAGAAAGAAAAAAAAACGUGCUUCCAUACUACCCAGAUAGAGCGUUUUUCUUGCGUUGUUUUGACUGCUGGAAUGAUGAUGUGGAAGAUUCGACCAUGCAACAUUGUAACGCGGUUGAACUGAUUAGCUAAAUAAUUAGAACCGAGUGUUACAAGGCAUUCCCCCACUAUCGGCACGACGGACAUAAAGUUCUACGCCAUUCAGAGCUGACGAGUGGAUUUAUACAAAGCUAGAGCAUCAUUCGUCUCAACGAUUAGUUAGAAAUAACAGAAAAAAUACAACUAGGAGCUCAAAAGUAACUAGGGAACAGUAGGGGCCUGGGGUUUAGAGCGCGUGAGAACAGAGGGAUUUAGGCUAAACUUAGAAACGGAAAAGUUUUGAAGCUAGCGAGGAAUUUUGCAACAUAUCAAGAAGAACAACGACGGCUGGGUGUCGGAUACCAAGCUAGCUAGAAUCAAACGGGAAACUGUCUGAAUUGAACAGAGUCACCAUGAAAACCCCGGGGGAUACGGGGUUCGCCUUCCCCGACUGGGCCUACAAGCCCGAGUCAAGCCCCGGCUCGCGACAGAUCCAGCUGUGGUGCUUCAUCCUGGAGCUGCUGCGGAAGGAGGAGUACCAUGAAGUCAUCGCCUGGCAGGGCGACUACGGAGAGUUUGUCAUCAAGGACCCCGAAGAGGUGGCCCGACUGUGGGGCGCCCGCAAGUGCAAACCUCAGAUGAACUACGACAAGCUGAGCAGAGCGCUUAGAUAUUACUACAACAAGAGAAUCCUCCACAAGACCAAAGGGAAGAGGUUCACCUACAAGUUCAACUUCAACAAGCUGGUGCUGGUCAACUACCCCUUCAUCGACAUGGGCUCUGGUAGGGGAGUCCCCCAGAGCGCCCCUCCCGUGCCGUCUGGGGGCAACCACUUCCGCUUUCCCCCCUCCACCCCGUCCGAUGUGCUCUCCCCCAGUGAGGACCUGCGCAGCCCGGGCAUGUUCAGCAGCGUGGCCCGUCGCAUGGGCCGCGGCUCUGUCUCCGACUGCAGCGACGGCACCUCCACCAACUCUGAGCUGGAGGAAGGCGUGGGGGGUGACGAUCGUGGCGGCGUGGGCCCUGAACGGGCGUUCCGUGGCCUCCUCCACCCCCGCCUCUCCCACGACUCACUGUUUCGCGCCUACGGAGGCCCCGGCGGGCUAGGCCGCCCCCCGCCCGGCCACAGGGUCCAUGGAGACCCCAUGUCCCCGUUCCCUGUGUCCCCCCUGCCGGGCCCUGGGGGCCUCCUGGGCUCCACUCUGUCCCCGGCCCUGUCCAUGACCCCUGGCUCCCACCUGCCCUACACCCCAUCCCCCUCCCUCAGCCCCAUGCUGGGCUCCCACUUCUCCUUCAACCCGGAUGACAUGAAGCGCUACCUGCAGGCCCACCACCAGAGUGUCUACAACUACCACCUCAGCCCCAGAGCCUUCUUCCACUACCCCAACAUCGUGGUCCCCCAGCCCCACAGGCCCUCUGCCGCCUCAGACAAGCCCAUGACAGCCCACCCCGCAGCUCACCACCAUGCCCCGCCCAUGCCCCACUCCCAUUCACUGCAUCACCACCAAGGGGAGGAGCAGCACCCCUCGCCCUUCAAGUUCAAGCUGCAGCCGCCUCCGCUGGGGCGUAAACAGAGGGACGGCUCCGCCUCCUCUACAGGGGGCUCCUCCUCUAGCCUAGGCUCCUCCUAUGCUGCCUCAGGGCUGCUCUCUAACUCCUCCUCCUCAGUGGGCCCUCCAAAAAUCAAGGUGGAGCCUGUCUCCGACAUCGAGUCCGAUGAGGAGGUGGAGGUGACCGACAUCAGCGAGGAGGACGAGCUGCUCGACAACGACGAGGGCGACGUCUUCACCCCCCCUCAUCCCACCAACGGAACCGCCCCUACUGCCAUCACCAACGGCAACCUGGGCGCCAUCGCCGAGGACGACCUGGACGAGGACGUGUUCAAGACCCCCGCCGCCCCUCCCAUGGGCCCUCUAACCCCCUCCCUGUUGGGCCUGAAGAGCGAGCCAGGCCAGGGCCCUCCCAUCAGUCCUGGCGGUACCCUUUGCAUCCCCCUCAAGCUGCGCUUCAAACGCCGCUGGAGCGAGGACCAGAAGAUGGAGGCCAAUGGCGAGCGCGAGGAGGCCGAGGACAAGAAAGUGCGGGCGGAGAAAGAGGUGGUGGAGGAGCCAGCAACGAAGGAGUCAGAGAACGGGGAGGGGCCAAGGAGUAGCCCGUCCCUGAGUCUGCGCGCUCUUCCCCCUCCAGCCCAGCGCAGGGCCAGCUCCGAGCUGCAGAGAGCCACAGCCCAGCUGUCUCUGGAGAACCAUGGAGCUUGCUGAGGCAGGGAUACGCACAAACCGUAGACAUACAGACACACACACAUACAUACAUACAGACACGAUCACAUGCCCGUACCUACAUACACACUCACUCAUAUAACCAAGCAUACACAUAGAAACAAGUGCCUGUCCAAAAAGCCUUUUUACUCCCAUUUUCAACACAUUAAAUCCAGAACAUUAACAGCUCAACAUGCUGUGACUGAGACACUAAGGAUGGCCAUAGACAUAAAUUAAUACUGACAUCCCCUCAGGACCUAAAUCCAGGAUCCAUCCCUUAGACCUGUACACUGCCUUAAGGUGCCUCCCAUCUUCCCUCAACAUGUUCUCUCAGUAACGCCCAUAGCUCCUUAGCCUUUCAGAGAUGCAUCCACACAGAUGGGAAAGAUUCCCCCCCCCAGAUGGACCUUCAUGUUGCUGACACUGGGGGGAUGACAUCAUGACAAUGCCUUCUAUCUUCAACAGACUUGAAAAAGAGAUUACAGAAGUGCCUGUCUUUACAUACAAUGGUUUACAAAGCAGAGGAAAGUGCAGGGCCAUGUACCAACUCUUGUCAACUGUUCUGUCACCUUUGACUGGGAAGGGAUCUCAGGAGUCAUAACGAAGAGACUUCCCUGUCUGCAUCUAUGUCUAAUCAUGGCCUCUUCAACAGGGACUGACUCAGAGACUUAAGACUGAAUUUGUGUCUGAGUGAGCACUCUCUCUUUGAUUAUCGUCCCCCACCGACUUGAGCGUAGGGACAAAAAACAAAAUGGCGUGCAGAUCUUUGUCAUGCCUUCCUGUCACUCAAGUGUUUGACAGCUCCCAUGGCAACGAUGCAGUACCCAACCCAACCAGGCCUUAAUGGACAGCUUGUGUACUGUGCAGGUUCCAAUAAGGGGAGCCUUAAUGUGGGGACCCUACAAGUUAGGAGCCUUAAUGUGGGGACCCUACAAGUUAGGAGCCUUAAUGUGGGGACCCUACAAGUUAGGAGCCUUAAUGUGGGGACCCUACAAGUUAGGAGCCUUAAUGUGGGGACCCUACAAGUUAGGAGCCUUAAUUUGGGGACCCUACAAGUUAGGAGCCUUAAUGUGGGGACCCUACAAGUUAGGAGCCUUAAUGUGGGGACCCUACAAGUUAGGAGCCUUAAUGUUGGGACCCUACAUGACUUUUGCACACUCUUGUAAGGAGAGUGAAUCGAGGAGAUUGGUAAUUUGUCCGGCGCUUGGGAUGGUGUCGAAAGAUUAUCUUAAAGGUCUCAUCCUUUCCCCUCGUUUAAGGCGCUUCUCUUUCUCCCAUAGAGAGCGCCUCAAAAUAAAAAAGGACAGUAUUUGGGGAGACGCAGUGGGGCAUUUGCAGUGAACGGAGGGUUAGAAGUACCUCUGUAUAUACAAAGUUCUUGAACUGAGACUGAAAUUAAUUGAAUAGAUUUUUUUCCUCCCUCCCCAAAAAAGUAUACCAUGAAAUGAAUGUGAGUACCCAGGUGAGCUCAUGCAAAACUUCACAAUCUUUUCUAGUGACAUUUUAACUUUUAUUUUCUGUAUUUUAAAGAUACAGAUCCUGUUUUAUUGAACAAACAAGACAAAUUGAGAUUGUGCCUUUUUUAAACUGACAGGAGACUUGAAAUGAAUUACCCUGGCCAAAUAAUGUGCUCACAGACACACACACAAUGUUGUUUCCCCCCACUGUUUCUCAUUGUUAACUCACAUAGUACACCCCCCCCCCCCACACACACACACACUUUGUAGAAGCCUCGAGCAUACGUACUGCAAUGAGUUGGUGUGUGGGUACAGACAUUUUUUACAUUUUAUUCAUUUAGCAGACACUCUUAUCCAGAGCGACUUACAGUUAGUGAGUGCACACAUU